ACAAAGAAUAUGUGUUGUGUCAUGUUUGUUACGUGGCUAAAGCGAAAUCAUACGCUAUCACUCACCGCUAACAACAAGUGCAUCAAUCGUCUUUCCAUCCAACUGUGUAUACAACGAUCAAUUCCAAGACUGGCUUCCUGAACUCUCUUUACUUAUUUCUUUUCUCCCUCUUUCUCAAUUAAACAUGACUUCUUCCUCGUCCUCAUCGCCAGAAAUGCACCCUGCUCCUCCGGUAGACUCCGCUGAACGCUUUUCCUAUAAACUUGCAACACAUGAAGAGGUCCUUGAAGAUCUAUCCAGUCGCUUUCUUUUAAAUCUCCCAGAGGAAGAACUAUCGUCUCUUGAGCGGAUAUGUUUCCAGGUGGAGCAAGCGCAUUGGUUCUACGAGGACUUCAUCCGAGAACAAAAUCCCAAAUUUCCAUCGCUACCGCUGAAGAAAUUCUCCGCAAUGCUUUUCCAAGCUUGUCCUCUGCUACACCAGUGGAGUCACGAUCAUGAACAAGCCUUCAAUACCUUCAUGCAAUACAAGACUAGAGUCCCUGUAUGUGGCGCAAUUAUGUUAAACGACACCUGGGAAAAGUGUAUCCUUGUCAAGGGGUGGAAGUCGUCUUCUGGUUGGGGCUUUCCAAAGGGUAAGAUAAACGAGAGCGAGCCUACCCAUGAGUGUGCCAUUCGAGAAGUGCUUGAGGAGACCGGUUAUAAUCUGGCAGGUCAGCUGAUUCCUGCAAACGUAAUUGAAAUGUCGAUCAAGGAGCAAUGGAUUUCUCUCUUUGUGGUACCUGGAGUCCCGGAAGACUUUCCUUUUAAAACUCGGACCCGCAAAGAGAUAAGCCGGAUCGAGUGGUUCAAGUUAACUGAUCUUCCAACCUGGAGGCGGAACAAAGCUGCACCAGGAAAGUUUUAUUUAAUAUCCCCCUUCAUCGCAUCGCUGAAGGCAUUCGUCACUGCCAAUAAGCCUCGAGCAAUGGAGGGGCGAGUUCGGAGGAUUGGAGGCUACACGAGUACGGAUAAUUGCACACAUGAGUCUAGCUCAUCUUCGGCGGAUAAUGGCGAACCCCAGACGCCAUCUCCGCAGUAUAGCGAGGCGCUUCCUGUGACAAACCGUCGUGUAGCUACCCACGAAUCCGAUGACGAGCAAGCUGUCGAUCCUGAACACAUGGACCCGCACUUUGCUCGUCUACUCAGUUCUCUGACGCUUUCGGCUGUUAAGCAAGAUGAUUCAAAGCCUCAGCUUGUUCUUCCGCCAGUCAAAUCGCCUCUCUCGGUACUCGCUCACAACGCGACACCACUAGCCAAGCAGAAUAUCGUUGAUUGGUCUUCUCGUGUUUCUGCCCAGUCAGAAACGCCUGGUAUGAUGUCUUCUCCGCCUCCGAAACAACGGCCCUCAAACAUGACAUCGUCCUCCGCACAUACCCUUCGGGUUUCCCAAUCUUUGAGCAUGCAGGCUUCCUUUGUCGAGUCAUCUACACUACCAAGUUCACCUACUCAUGAUCCUGGAACUCCUUCAUCAGGAGCCCUUUCGACCGCCUCGUUAUCCGCGGCGUCUGCCGCAUCGUCUACUUCACCCUUGGCUUCCUCUCGAAAGGUCUCAUUGUCGUCAAGACGUACGUCGAGCACUGCCGAUAUAUCACCCUACCUUCCGCGCCUGACUGAGGUUCCUGCCUCAGGCAAGAUGUUGAGGCAGCUGGCCCUACUGGAAUCAGUGGCUGAUGAGUCUUCACGCAUGACCCCUACUCUGCCCAGUAGGGAGUUGCCCUCCGGUGCCCGUCGUCCGGGACCGUCGGCUUCCGUUCCACCAUCUGCGCACUAUCCGCAAGCUGAUUUUCGCCCGUUAUUUGGACAUAUGUCAUCAAUGCCAGCUGAAUAUUAUCCCACACCUACUUCUCAGCAACCUAGCACCGGGCACCCUCAGCCGCCGCUUGUUGAUGACAUUUUUCAAGUGCGACCACGCUCUGGUCAGUUUGUCACCCACGACUAUUCCCCUCGGAAUAUCCAACAAAAUCAGUUGUUGUCACUGCUGACAGGCCCCCCAUCCCUUCCUGUCGGAAUGCCACACAGUUCUCAUCCACAUUCCUCCUACUUGCAAGGCUACUCUACAGUCCAUAAUUAUCAAGCCCAUCCUUCCGCACUCUUCCCCUCUGCACAUCAGGGCGCGGGUCCUCAUAUGGUAACCGGUUUCUCUACUGGGAUGCCUUCAGUCAGUGCUCAAAUCGCAUCUACUCGAUUCUCUCCCAUCACACCAUCAGCCCAUACUUUACAAUCAAAUUUUCUCCCACCGCCAAUCACUUCGCGAACCCCUGUUACCAACAGCGCUCAGCUACUUUCACUCCUAAACGGUAAUAAACAUGCACCGGCACCAGCCCCCGUUAAUGCUGGCCAUAGAUGAUUAAACCACUAUAUCUCUGCUAUAACCCCACCCUGCAUCAUAUAUUUUGCUUGUCAUCAACGCCAUAGUGUAUAUGCUACGUCCACUCUUCUCUUUUGGCACGCCUUCGCCUUUUCUCCUGCACUUAUUCCUUGUCUUCGGUCCUUUACUUUCGAGACAUCUUUUCCUGUCUGUCUUUUUUGACUGCGGGUUUCAAUGAGUUUGGCGUGAACCAUUGUCAUUCUCGUCGUUCAUUACGUUUUGUUGCUGCAGUACAAUAAUUGCUAUCAUCCAUUUGUCCACUCUCGACACCUUUCUGUCAUCCUUGAAUCUACAGUACUAGUUCCGGUGUCAUCCUUGGUCUCGUCGCAAUACCCCCUGUAGUUUUGUAGCUCCAUUUUCAUUCUAACCAGAUAUAUCGCUGGCCUAUAGUCCGUGCUCAUUCGCUUGUACUUGUUGUCUCUUGACCGCCGAAUGCAAGCCAAGUUUCGUCACACUCAUUUGUUUUGCUAC